GUUGUCUAAAGGCAAAUAGUCAGUCAUUGUUUCAGCCAAGUCUUCCUGAGAAUUAUCAGCAUGCUAUUCAAACCAUGGGCUUUGGCACAAUGAAUAAGAUUUACCUGGAGUAUGAGGCCCCAUUUUGGGAUGAAAAUACAGACAUAAUUGGAUUGGUCUGGGAGGAUGAGACCCCAUUUUCGGCCCAGAAACCCAACCUGGUUGAGUGGUGGAGAUGUGUUCCAGUCGUUUAUGUGUUCAGGCCACCAGAAAGGUAUGGUCAUGUCCUUGUGGGAACAAUCUCUGGAAAAGAAGCCGAGUUUGUAGAAUCUCUGAGUCCUGAGGAAAUAGCAUCGAACUUCACCAAACUUUUCAGACAAUUUACUGGAAGGCCUUCACUGCCAGCACCAAAAAAUGUUUUUGUGACAAAAUGGUUCAGUAACCCUUACAUUCGGGGCUCCUACUCCCAUAUAUCCAUCAACUCAACUGGAGACAUGAUUGACACACUGGCUGAACCCCUACCACAGGCAAAAGAGGGAACUUCUUCUCCGAUGAUGCAGAUUUUAUUUGCUGGUGAAGCAACUCAUCGGAGCCACCACAGCACCACCCAUGGGGCACUGCUGUCGGCCUGGAGGGAGGCUGAUCGACUGAUUAAUCACUAUUCCACCAAAUGAAUUUCUAAAAUGGAAGCAGAACUGAAAUUUGGAAUACU